UUUAAAAUUGCGAGUAAAAUAUGACCAACUCUGAUCUCCAGGUGGCACAUUGAUUUAUACAUAUGCAAUAAUUAUAUAAGUGGGAUUUGCUUCAUACUUGCUCUUCAUAGGUUGUUAAUUUUAAAACCUGAAAAUGACUACUGUUUGCCUUUCUGAUUUAAUAAAUCUGUCAUUUGGGAAUUGUGAGAUAAGAAAUAUAAAGUUUCGUGUUUUACAAUGGUGCUUACAAGUAAUAGCUCAUCAACUAGACUUUGGAGGAUUAUUAGUAGAGUUCAGAGGAAAUGACUCUAGUUUUAUACAGAAUGAAAUCCAUAGUGUUGAUGAAGUAUUAAGGAAAAAAAUUUUUACGACUGUUGUAGAUGAACACAGAGGAAAUGUCGACGUUUCAAAAACUGAUGACGUUGAAAACUCUAAAGAUGCAGCAAAAAAAAAGCAGGUUGUAGUAAUUGAAAAUGGCCAACUGAUUGAAAAAGUAGGCAAAAGACCACGCACCACAUCACCAUCUUCAACUUCUUCUUUAGGCCGCUUGGAGGGACGGAUACGUAAUCUUCAAGCACAAAUUGACAAUAUUGGAAGUACUGUUUUACCCAGUGAUCAAGGGUUAAUACAAAAACUAAGAUUGAGUCAAGAAGCUAAACCAGUCACAGAUUUAUUAAACACCAUGAAAAUAACGAAAAGAAUGUCAGGAGCGGAAGAAGAAAUUGAUAGGAUUGCCUCUUUACUUGAAGUUGUGGCAAGAGAAUACGAUGAGCUAAAAAAAAUUUUGAAUACUAUUCAUCAUGAGUUUGGUCAUAACAUAUAUGAUACUUUACAUCAAAUAAAAGUGGUUUCUGGAUAUAUUAAUAAUAUUCGGCCUAGAGAAGCGUAUUACCAUACGACGCUAAGCAAAAGACUCCUGAGAAAGAAAGAUGAUUCGAUAGCAGCAAACAUUAAAAAAACAGAUAAUGAAACAGUAAGUGAUCCUGAACCGCAAGAAUGCACGGACCAUAAAAUUUCCAAAGAUCUGGUCGAUGAUGCGCAGAGAACAAUUGAUACUGAAAUGAAAGCCGAAAAAUUACAAGAAUCUGACAUUGUCAUCUCUAGGCUUCUUGAUGAAAAGUGGAACAGAAAAGACCAUGAACUACUUGAGGAGAGGGGAAAAACUAAAUCAGGAACCAACCUUGUCAACAACGAUGACGAAUUUUUCGAAGUAUUGCAACCAGUCUCUGAAAAUAUUCCUAUCCAUGUAAAAACAUUAAACAAAUUACUGAAGCAGCAUGAACAACUCAAAUUAAACUUUGAAUUUUUGACGGUUCAAGUAAAUACACUAGCUGAUUUUGCAGAAAUCAUACUCUCAGAGCUGGUUCGAAACACACCAAAUAUUGAAGCUUUGAAAGAAAAGAUAAGAGAAAUUCAUUUGAGCCCAUCAGAGUAUAAAAAGACAAAAAGUUUGAAACGAAAAGUUAUUGACAUACAUAUGGAAAUAUGUUAUCGAAUUGAUAAUAUUGAAGGAACGAUUUCAAAAUAUGCUGGGAAAAUUCAACUUCAAGAUGAUGUGCAAGAAGAAAACGUUAAGAAUCUGUUAGAAAGGAUCGAACAACUAGAAAUCGGCUUGGAUGACACGAUGAAAAACGUCAAUCUGCUGCAAUUGGAAGAUAAUAAAGAUAAGGAUGAAAUAAUUGAAAAGUUAGUCAAAAAAACUGAUUCGUUGGAUGGAACAAUAGAAAUGAUAGAUAUUCAAACAAAUUCUAUUUUGAAGGAUAUAAAAAGCCAUGAAGUUAUAUUAAAGGCUUUACAAGACAACAUUGAAAAAUUAAAAUCUGUUAAAUUAGAUAGAUUUGAAUUUGAUGAACUUUUAUCAGAUAAAGCUAGCAUUAUGCAACUCAACAGCAAGGUUUCCGUGGAUCAGUUUACACAAGCUUACAGAUUUUUAACUAAAAGUAUUGAAAGAAGCUCUGAGAAGAUAUCGACGCAGAAGCUGUUUUGGAAAAAAUGGAUUGAUUUCUUCGAGGAAACUCUAGAGACAAAACUAGGUAUUGAAGAUUUUCACGAACUAGCCAAAAAAUUAACAAGUGAUACUAAGAGGAUGGUAAAUAUUCUAAUUACGUCUGCGUAUGGGGAAUAUGGACUGCAAGCUCGUGGAGGAAAAUCUAAAUUCCUGAAGAAUUUACAGUGCGUAUCAUGUGAUCGUGAAGUUAUUAUGAAAAUGGAAAAUGAUUAUCCAAAUCUUCCAAUCCUUCCUAAACUGGCGGGCCAUAAAGUUAAAACUCUGAAGAAAGAGUUACCUGAACAAGAUGAAUUUUCAUCAGAAACAUUAUUAGCCGAAAAAUUAAAAGAUAUUCAAUACACAUCCAAGGAUCAGCAGGUUCCUCUUAUUGACGGAGAAUCAACAGAACAGGAAGAAGAUAAUGAAGAACUGAAAUUCAUUGACGAAUUUCAACCAGAUGAGGAGUAAUAUCAAUUUAACAGUAUUAACCAUCAUGAAGAGAAAGGGAUCCGAACAUUUGCCGACUUUUCCAAAUUUUUCCCUUUUUUUCAAAUUUUUCUCAUUUUUUCUAGACUUUUCUCGUAAAAAUAUAAAUAAAUACUGUUAUGUGAAAUGAA